UUGAAAAUGUCGAAGGUAUCGCGUGAUACGCUAUACGAGUGUGUAAACGCCGUUCUCCAGUCUUCAAAAGACAAAAAGCGUAAUUUCCUGGAAACUGUUGAAUUGCAAAUCGGUCUGAAGAACUAUGACCCCCAAAAGGACAAACGUUUCUCCGGCACUGUCAAACUAAAGUACAUCCCACGUCCUAAGAUGCAAGUUUGCAUUCUUGGAGACCAACAGCAUUGUGAUGAAGCCAAGCAGUUAAAUGUGCCAUGCAUGGAUGCUGAAGCCUUAAAGAAACUGAACAAGAACAAAAAACUUGUCAAGAAACUGGCUAAAAAGUAUGACGCUUUCCUUGCAUCAGAGUCACUUAUCAAGCAAGUUCCACGUCUAUUGGGUCCCGGGCUAAACAAAGCUGGCAAGUUCCCUGGUCUUCUUUCCCACCAAGAGUCCAUGACUCAGAAAAUUGAUGAAGUAAAAGCUACUAUCAAAUUCCAGAUGAAGAAGGUACUUUGCCUUUCAGUGGCCGUAGGUCAUGUGGACAUGACUCAAGAUGAAUUGGCACAAAAUGUGCAUCUAUCAAUUAACUUCCUUGUUUCGCUUUUGAAGAAGCACUGGCAAAAUGUGAGGUCACUUCACAUGAAAUCUACUAUGGGGCCACCCCAGAGACUGUACUAA